CUCAUAGAGCCAUUUGUGGUGAUAAUAGGGGGCUGUGCACUGUCUGAGAGGGCUGGCUGACCUUCAAAUAGGCCUCUAUUGCUCUUUUUCGCUUCAUUUUUGGCCAGGAGCCUAUACUUAGACGUCUGAAGUAGAAGGCUGAAUGGCCUCCACUGAGGGCCUUGUUAUGGACAAGAGAGUAUUCUUGAAGUUGAGUGAGCUUAGAUCUUAACCAAAGACUAACUUCCUGGCUGACUUCAGGAAUUACCGCCCCGCUUGACACUCGUACCCAGGCUAACUCGACCUGUGAUUUAUCGAUGCCAAGAGAUGAAAAACGUGCUACCUUUCUAACAGACUUGGGAAGGGCUACGAUGCGGGGUGUUCGCAGAUGUCACAAGUGUGGUACCUUGAAUGGUACUAGAGGAUUCUCUUGUAAAAACAAGUCCUGUGAUGUUAUUUUUAAGGAAGCUGGAGAAAAGAGGAAGUUGUCUACAGAAGCAUGUCGAAUUAUAGCCGGUGCAGAUGCUCAGAUUUAUUCUGCCCGUGUACGAGACAAAGGCCCCGACUAUCGUGGGUUUGUUCAGCUUCCCCUCAUUCAGUCCAUGGAUGGGUCAGGGGAUAUUUUCAUUGGUGCAGAAUCUCUUGGAGAUCCAGUGCUGCUAGUGCAAAUGGGUGCAAGGUGUUAUGUAGAGCCAUGUCAACGCAACUUUGAAAAAUUAGUGAAUGCACAUCCAGCUCUGUGUUCCCACAUUCGUGCUGCUUCUCAGUGUUUUAAAGAAGCUCAGUCACUAACGCUUAAAAAUUCUGUUCUCAACUCCCUGCCCAUACCUCAGUCCGUCAAGUCAGAUAUUUGGCAGCUUGCAACUGAUACUCCAGGUCCUCUAGUACAAAGAGUUUCCAAAAAUAUAAUGGUAGUUAAAUGUAAACCAGAGGCUCUACACCCUCUAGGCUUCCUACACUUCAGUUUUCAGCAGGUUCGCAAUAAAGAGGAGAUGGAGUACAAGUAUUACUGUGGUUGUCGAGCUUUCAAGAUUCAGCCUGCUGCUCGAGAUGUUACCUUCCGUAAAUGUGUUCAUCUUUACGCCUGUGUGGUGGCCUUUGCAAGUGAUCAUCAACUCUCUCAGGAAUUUUCUUACUAUAUCAAUAUGAUUCAAAAUGACCUUUGUCAGUCUCCAAGUCUGACAGUCAGUAAUGGCACUGGAGAUGAGAACAGUGUUAGCAUAGGAGAAAGCAGCACAGGCCUGAGUACUGUGGGAGAGCGGUCGUUCCUCAUUCUAAACGACUCUGGAGAUUCUCAGUGUCAAGUGGAGGUGGAAGUGUUGCAGGAGGACUCCACAUCAAUACUGGAUGGCAUUGCAAUCUCCCCAUCAGAUAACCUAGUUACUCAGGAAGAUAUUGAAGGGAAGUUGGAAAUUCAGUUGACAACUCCAGAGGGCAUUCAUCUGCGAACUUCAGAUGGUGGCAGUAUCUCCGUCCACCAAAUUCCUGACAACCUGCCAGUAACAGGCCUGAAGAGAAGACAAGAUGAUUCAGUUGUCCAGGCCAGCUCUGCUCUACUGACCCUUCAGGAGGGCGGCACUAAAAAGGUAUCUUCACCUCGAAGACCACUGACAGGAGCAUGUGCUAGGAAGGCUAAGGAACCGGUGGAUGAGAACACAGCCUCCUUUAGUUUUCUGACAUGGUUAGGAAGUGUCACAGAAAGGAUAAACCAAACAAUGCAUUUCGGUUUCAGUGGCAAACCGGAACCUUUAGUAUUUCACAUGCCAAAGCUAUUUUUUGACUGCCUUAUGGAGAGAAUAAAUGCAAGAUCAAAAAAGAAAAGAUUGCCCAAUCAAACACAGCAGUUCAUAAGAAAAGAUGCUGUUCCUUUAGGUAAAUUUACAAAAUAUACAUGGAAAAUUGUAAGUGAUCUCCAUGUGCGCCAGAUUUUUGAUAGUUAUGAUAUGCCCUUGGAAAUAACGCGUAGUUUCAUUCAGAAUCGUGAUGGCACAUACAAGCUGUUUCAUCAUCGUGAUGAGGAUUCUAUUUAUGCCAAGGGCAGCCCAACGCAACCACUGCUACGGCCGCAGGAAUACAAAACAAGACUUCGUAUCGGUACAACUUCACCAGGUCAAAAGGAACCAACACCCUUUAUCAUUGAAUGGAUUCCUGAUAUUCUUCCACAGUCUCUUAUAGGUGAGCUACGAAUAAAGUUUGAAUUUGACCACCUGCAUAAUGGCCAACUAUUGACAUCGAGAGACCCACGUACGGGGAUGCCAGGUCAAUCCAUGACAGGUGUUCGAAGUCAUGGCCCUCUCCUGGCCCCCAGACCCCAGCCACAACAGUCACAGCAGACUUCACAGACAUCACAGCAGAUUUCAGCAACAGAGCAUAUAAUUAGCAUACCUAUAACCUCCGAUGGUAUACAAUCUACCGAGAACAUGGCAACAAUUCUAACUUUCUGAACAAUGGUAUCUCUAGUCAAAUUAUUUUUAUGUACCCAAGAUGGUAGCACUUAUCCAUAUGUCAUGUAUGCAGAAUGAUUACUAUCAAGGUGAAAACUGUUAUUUCUUUUUGUUAUUUGAAGUUUAAAACUUUAUUGUAUUUUUACAACUGAAAUAUAUAUAUGCUCUAGUAAUUAUCUUUAAGCUAACUCUUAUUUGUUUGCUGAAAGAGUAGUUAAUAGUGAGACAGUAGAGUAUUAUAUAGUGUUGUUGACCUUAUAUUUUUCCUAUGGAAAACAUUUUAUCACCUAAUUUAUGUAGAUUAUGUAUAUUAGGAGAAAUUCCCCUGAAUUAUUUAACCUGAAAAUAUUCAUGAUAUUUAUUUGUUUUAGUUUAUAUUAAUGUUUUAUGAUAUAGAAGUUGGAUAAAAGUCUUUCAUAACAAUGAACAAAGGGAGUGAAUAUCUCUUGUGCUGUUCAAGCACACUAAUCCUUACAAACCAUCUUUUUUUAAAACAAAUGAAAUUUAUGUUCUCGGAGUCCUUCUGCCAGUUGCAUUAUAAUUGAGCUAUUUUCACAUUCAAAUUCUUUCUGUGGGGAGCCCCGUCGGCUCCCUGAAGCUAUCCAAACUGAUAUGUGCUAUUGUAGUUUGGGGUCAUCAGUCACAGGAGUUUUUAUGCCUACUAGGGACCACGAGCCAGAACCUGGUCCCCUCAGAGAGGCGCAUGGAGUAAUGGCCUAUGAGCACUUUACGUUUAAAAUAUGUCAUAAUUGCCAUCAACUGGAGUAGGAUCUAGAAAGGUAGGUGAAUCAAAACAGACCACCUUCUGGUUAACCUGUACAAUCUACAUCCCAAAAGAUCAUAAUAACUUCCCUAGAAAGAAACCACACAAGUAACCAUUCAUAUGACUAGCAGUUCCGCUUGUUAGGGUUACCCCUGUGGGGGGAAGGGUUAGAAGCCCGCCGAUGAGACGGUGGACUUCCAGAGGGGUCCAUUGGUUGUGAAUGCUUGGUUGGUUAGGCUGU